CAACUCGGAGAAGUAAACACGAGCUUCUCGUCGGUAAUCACGUUUUGUGCAUUUCGUACACUUGGGAGAUACAAAAAAUCCAUUCCGCCUCAAACUUUUCAUAGUUUUGUGAACAUAUUACAAGGCUAACAUGGUCAAAAAGAAGUUCAUCGACAAGAAAAAAGCCGUCACGUUUCGGCUGGUCAACCGUAGCCAGCAGGAUCCUUUGUUCGUGGAUGAAAACGCCCCACAGCAUGUACUUGUCCCGGUGUCGGCUCCUGGUAAAGACGACCCGCGAGCUUCGGGUGCUGCUUCCCGUGCAUCCACUUCUGCAGGCCAGGUGGAUCCAACCAAACGGCGUGAUGUACAGGCGAAAUUCGGCAUCUACUUUGAUGACGAUUACGAUUAUCUGCAGCAUUUACGGGAGCCUGGCCGAAACGAAGUGUACUGGGAACCGGUUCAACCCACCAAAACGGCUGGUGCAGAGAAAGUUAGCAUUAAGCUGCCCAGCUCGGUGUUCGCAUCCGAGGUCGAGGAAGAAGAGGGUCUUAUGAAAAAGAAGGCACAACAAAGACCGGGACCCCGUCCGGAUUGGGAUCCGGAUGUGGUGGCAGCCCUGGACGACGAUUUUGACUAUGAAGACCCUGAAAACCAACUGGAUGAUGACUUCAUGGACCAAGCCAUGGGUGGGGAUGCAGAUGGGGAUGAUUAUUUCGACGAGGAAGAUGAAUGCAGCGAUGUGGACUCCAAUGAGGCAGGAAUGUACGAUGAUGAGGAGCGGGACGGUUUGGGUCCGCUGGACUUCGACCGGGAAGAAACAAAGUCGAGAUUCACAGAAUACUCGAUCAGCAGUAGUGUUAUCAGAAGAAACGAACAGUUGAGUUUGCUGGACGAUCGAUUUGAAAAGUUCUACGAGCAGUACAAUGAUCCCGAGCUGGGAGCGCUGGAAUGUGAAGAUAUCGAGGGUCACAUCGACAUAGAUGAUGACGUGUUGCUGCAGUAUGCGGAAAAAUAUCGGAAGGAGCGCGACGAGAAGUACGACGUUGCGUAUGAUAAGCAGUGGGACAAGGAGAGAAUCCUACAACUGCAAGAAGUGUCCUCCGAUGAGGAGGAAAUGGUGGAGAUGGUGGUUGAGGAUGAAACCCAGAAGAAAUGGGACUGCGAGAGUAUCCUGUCCACCAACACCAACAUCUACAACCACCCGAAGUUGAUCGAGGAACCAAGGAAACAGAAGGUGGCUAAAAUUAGCAUUAAUCCCAGAACCGGUUUGCCGAUGAAUGUACUCGGGGCGGACAGCGGCAAGCUGACAGUGAAGUCGUUGGCCAAAUUGAAUCAGGAGGAAAGCACCCUCAAAGCCUCCGGCCCGAGAUCGCUCUGCGAGGGAAGUGUGAUCUCCACACUCAGUGUGCUGUCGAUCCGACCGAAGGAUGAAACGCAAGGCGAGAAACGCGAACGUAAGAAGUUGCUGAAGGAAUAUCGCGCCGAGCGCAGGAUAGAACGUAAGGCCAACACGGAUGCCUUCAAGGAAGUGAAAAAGCAGCAGGAAAAGGCUCAAGUGAACAAACGUGCGAAUGCUGGCGUGAAAAUUGUGUAAUAUAUAUUGGCCCCGUGUUUAUGUUUUUUGUCUCUCCAUUAAAAGUUUACUCCUGCGAAA